GCGACACGCGUGCCCGUCCAGAUGUAAACAAGACCCCCCCGAACUAAAUAACAACAAAUGUGUUUUUAUCAAGUUACUGGUCGGUAUUAGUACUCCGUGAGACUGUUGGCAGGCCAACCGGUCAGAAUGGCCGCGGAGACGCUGCAGGAGCUCGUAUCGGCCGCGGCCUCUUUGCACUCUGACCGAAGAGCUGUGACAUACGACAGCCACUCGCUAUCAGACACAGACAGCCCGGUGUCUCUGCUCUACAGAGAUCUGCUUCAACUGGCUGAGGAACUGUCGCAUCUUCUGCAGCUGCACUGCACUCAUAGUAACGGCGUUAUCGGGCUGUAUUGUUGUGAUGACCUGUAUAUACCAGUGUGGAUCCUGGGAAUCCUCCAGUAUCCUGCUGCUUAUGUUCCUUUGGACCUGGAAGCUCCAGGGCUUCUCUCUGCCAGAGUCAUGAACAACUGUGGCCUAAAGUACUGUGCUGUGAAAACGGACCUCCUGCAGCAUUUCCGGACUGCUGUUGACAAACACGUAUCUGUGGAGGUGUUUGUGGUGUUGCCCAAGUUUAAAUUAACCUUGGUUCGAGUCCAGCUGCCAUCAGCCAAUAAGCUCAAACCAGAAAUGGCACAAACUGCGGAAGGUGCUGAUCUCUGUGAUGCAGGUGUGGUGGAAAAGGACUUGCGGCACAAGGACUUGGCAUAUGUGUUGCACACUUCUGGAACAACUGGCCUUCCAAAGAUUGUUAGGGUGCCGCAUAAGUGUAUUCUUCCCAAUAUUCUGCAUCUGAGAUCGUUGUUUCAGAUAAGUGCAGAUGAUGUGGUUUUCCUGGCUUCGCCCUUAACAUUUGACCCCUCUGUCGUGGAUAUUUUCCUGGCCUUAUCAUCCGGGGCACAGCUACUUAUCACCCCCUCUAUUAACAAAAAAAUACCCAGUCGACUGGCUCAGGUGCUGUUUAAGGAUCACAAGACGACAGUCCUACAGGUCACACCAACUCUGCUCUGCCGCUUCGGGCGUCGUACCCUAAAACAGGAGGUAUUGUCAUCGGACUCCUCACUGCGGGUGCUGGCUCUGGGUGGAGAGUCAUGCCCCUCACCAGCUCUGCUGAGGAGCUGGAGGCACGAAGACAACACCACCCACGUCUUCAACAUCUAUGGUAUUACUGAGGUGUCCUGCUGGGCCUGCUGCUACGAAAUACCACAGUCUCUGCUGCAGUCCAAAAGCCUACCGUCGAGCAUGGCGUAUUCAGUGCCGCUCGGGUCUCCUUUGAUGGACACAGUGGUGGAGGUCAGAGAUGAACAUGGCUGUGUUGUUACUGAGGGCGAAGGACAGGUGUUCAUAGGUGGAAAAGACAGAGUGUGUCUCCUGGAUGACGAAGAGGCUGUUAUUCCAGGGACAAUGAGAGCUACUGGAGACUGGGUGAUUGUUCAAGAUACACAACUUUACUACCUGGGAAGGAGAGACAGUCUGAUAAAACGUCAUGGAAAACGGGUCAACUUGGACAAUUUACAGCAACUCAUACUGAGUCUGCCUCAGGUGGAGGCCUGUGCUGUGGGUUUGUAUGAAGGCAUUCGACUGCUUGCCUUUGUUGUGGUGUCCACACCUGGAGACCAGAAAGCAGUUUCUCCUCUUCCAUCAGUGCAGCAACAUGUGCAACAAUCUCCCCCAGCUCUGGUUCAGCAUCAGGAAGACCUGCAUUCUCUUGUGAGUCUCCACCAAGAGGAGAUGAGCGGUGCAGAGGGAGAUCCGAGCAGACUGAUCGUGAACCAGUUGUCUCUGAUGCUGCCAUCUUACAGCGUACCUGACGCACUGGUGCUGGUCCCAGCCUUGUGUCUGACUCCUCAUGGUAAAGUCGACAUGGAGGCUCUAAGGACAAUAUACGAAAGACAAAGACGCUGUUUAAAGUCUCCACAGGAAGACGUCAGCCAACUAAAGCAAACUCUCCAGUCUUUGUGGCAGGAUACGUUGGGUUUUGCUAAGGAUGUGAUCAUUGAUGAGGAAUCCAACUUCCUGUUAAGUGGAGGAGAUUCUCUGAAGGCGCUGCACCUCUGUGAAGAUAUCCUUACCACUGUGGGAGUCACCUCGCCAGAACUUCUGGAGGUUAUACUCGGCAAGACCUUCGCUGACGUCUUGCACUACAUUGCCAGAGUAACACUGAUGCAGCCACUCGAGAACAGCACAUCGUCACUUCCUGAGGACAAGAAACGGCCUCACACUGACCCUCCUGCUUUUGUUCUAGCAAAGAGGGAACGCAAAGAGCCUCAGUCUGCAGCAGCAGAGAAACAGGCUUUUAAAGUUACAAGACGAGGAGGAGAGGUGAUAGAAAUGAACGUCAGAAAUAAAAGAUCAAACUUAACUGAUGCGGUCAGAGAAAAAGAUUCCAGUCAAAAACAGAAAGAUAACAUUCUGGGCUUCUGUCUGAGCUGGUCUUCAGACACAGGCAGAUGUGUGGACGCCUCCCCAGUGCUUCUGGUCCAUGAAAGAACAGAUCAGUUGUCAGAUGUGCCUAAAACAAGUGCGUUCAUCGGCUCACACUCUCACAGGAUCCAGGCAUUAGACCUGGACACGGGGAACCUUCUGUGGGAGCGAGUUCUUGGUGGCAGAAUCGAGGCGUCGGCUGCUGUGUCUCACUGUGGGACGUUCGUGAUUAUAGGCUGCUAUGAUGGCUGUGUGUAUUUCUUGUGUGCUGCAUCUGGAAAGACGAGGUGGAUAUUUGAGACAGGAGACGCUGUGAAGAGCUGUCCUGCUGUGGAUCAACACACAGGUCUGGUUAUAGUGGGAUCACACGACGGGCACGUUUACGCCCUGGACCCAAAGCUGCAGCGUUGUGUUUGGAAGCGUCACUGCGGCGGUGGGGCAGUGUUUGCCUCUCCUUACCUCCAGUGCCCUCUCAGACAGCUGUAUGUGGCGUCACUGGGUGGUCACCUCCUCUGUCUCAACCCUGACAACGGCGACGUCCUUUGGUCUGACAGCAGGGACGUCCCGUUCUUCUCCUCACCAAACGGCUGCUCUGGGCUUGUCGUGAUCGGAUCUGUGGAUGGAAACAUCUGCUGCUACAGUAACACGGGGAAAGUGGUGUGGCAGUUUUUAACAAAGGGACCCGUCUUCUCGUCUCCAUGUUUCACCCUGGACCGGCAGAGGCUUCUGUGUGGGUCACACGAUGGUCAGCUGUACUGUUUAAACUCCGCUGACGGAGCUUUAGUUUGGACUUUCCAGACGUCAGGCAAGGUGUACUCCACGCCGUGUGUGUUUGAUGGCUCCACUGUGGGCAGGGGGGGGUUUCUGGUGGGCCUGGCCUCCACAGACGGCAAAGUCUGGAUCCUGGACGGCGAGAAUGGACAAAUGCUGGCGUCACACGUGCUGCCCGGGGAGCUGUUUUCAUCCCCAGUGGUGCACGAACAGUUCCUUGUCGUCGGGUGUCGCAACGACUACGUGUACUGUUUAAAGCUGACUGUAAAAGAGGAAGCACAGAGGGAUUAGAUGCUGAUUUUAGAAUAAACACUUUUUUCCAUAUCUGUAUCAGGGUGUUGCAGAACUAGAGAAAUGACGAGGCAACAAUCCUGCGGUUCAGACAUCAGUAUUUACUUUACAUUAUUCAUAACAUUUUGUGUUCUUUAAUAAUUUUCAUGAAUACCUCUAAGUGGGACAAAAAAGUGCAAAUAAUACCAAACAUUUUUUGUGACAUAUAACACUGCGUACACUACACUAUUGUGCACGGCCAAAGUUAGAAACAAAAUAACAAAAGUGACUCAGCCGUGGGGGUUCUCUCUCUGACCGAAGCUCAGGUAACGCCUUUGAUUGAACAUACAGUACAUACUUACAUACAUGUACAGAUCAUUAGUGAGUGGCAGGACAUGAGAAUAAUGCUGGAGGUUUUUUUUGUUUUUUUUGUAAUCAUAUAGGCCAUUUUUACAUCAUGUAAGGUCAUAUCACAUUUACAAGGACGUGGUGGCAUCAAGCCUACAAACAGGAGCGUCACAGGAGGACAGCUACAAGAAUCAUAUGUUACAGCAAGCAGGUGUUGUGUCAUUAGCUAAGCAAACAAAUCCAAGGUACUGCAUGAUGACACGGCCGUGAGGGAAGUGUGCAACUCACUAAAAAUGCCCAGUAACACUUGUGGUCUUCAGUGCUGUGUUUAGGUGCACCCACCAUGUGAUUAUGACAUUUUGUUCACUCUAUAAUGGCCGAAAAUUUGUACAAUAGCUUCUUCGACGGCGGUCACAGUAAUCACGGACACAGUGAGAAUUGUUAACGCUUAGGUUCCCAGUACGAGUAAAAAAAAAGAAGAAGAAAGAAAGAAGGCUUUCUUUGUACAUGACAAACAGGCUCAGGCUUUACAUACAUAUUACCAACAAGUGUCUGUAACACUUCAUCAGCUUUCCACAAGCAAGAUCAUGUUGAGUUGUUGUUAUUAUUAUUAUUAUUACUGGUAGCCCUUAAAACACGAUUCAUACAGUUUCCCUCUGUAGAUUAAACACCGUCGUGUGUGAGAGCUCCAUCUCUCUUGUGUUUAGUGCAUGAUGUAUUUACAACCACGGUGACACAGUUGCCUACAAAAAGAAAAAAAAAAAGAAA